AUGAUUCGGAUUCUUAAAUGGGAUGCGUCUCUUGCCACCUCUGCUCAAAAGUAUACCAAUAACUGCCCAAAUGUCACCUCUGGAACAGAUGGAGUUGGAGAGAACAUGUACUGGUCAUGGUCCUCUCAAGCCCCAUCAACCAAUCUUGAUAGCUUCGGAGUCGCAGCAUCGAACUCAUGGGAGGAGAAUUUCCAAGACUACGGGUGGACCUCGAUUCUUUUGGAUGAAGUUACUUUUAACUCUGGAAUCGGAUCCGCUACGCAGAUGGCUUGGGCUGAGACUAAUCUGGUCGGAUGUGGUGGUAAGAACUGCGGAAAGGAUUCGACAAAGAACAACAUGUACAAAGUACAGGUGGUUUGCCAGUACAAGGAGCGAGGAAACUCCAUUGGCUCUAAUAUCUACAAACAAGGAGAACCUUGCUCAGCAUGUACUUCCGGAUCAUGCGAUACAUCUUCCGGAUUGUGCGCCUAA